AAGAUUUGCGAUAAACAACAGCAUCGCCGAGAGUGAAAGUCAAACGUAAAUUUGGUCACUGUGUUUUUGGUUAAGCGAUUCCACAAAUCACCCACUAGGGUCAACCUCAAAUGAGGGAAGAGAGAGAGAGAGAGAGAGAAACAAGAGAGAGAGGAUAUAUACUGCGAGAGGGGGUGAAGGUAAUGAAUAUGGGUAUGUUUCUUGAUUCACGAUUGAAGUAAAUGUGCAUUUGUUGCGGAGGGUCUGCCCCUUAAUUGGUUUGCCCAAAGCCCAGAGAGAGAGAUUGAGAGGAAAAGUGAGCUCGUGGCUAUUUCUGGUGAUUCAGUAAAGGAGGGAGAGGGCUUCUUUCUUUGAUUCACAAAGCUGUGAGUGAACCUCCUGAGGAUUAAUUUUACGUUUAUUAUGUUUUCUCAAGAGAGAGAGGGAGAGGGGGAGAGAGAGAAAGAAGCUUUAAUGCAUCUCUCUCUAUGGAAGCCAUUGUCUCACUGUGCAGCUCUGCUCUUGGACAAGAAGAGCAGAAGAAGAGAUGGGUCGGAGCAUUCGGGCGAAGAAAUUAAGGCGAACCCAUCGACUCUGAGGAAGCUGCAAGAACACAAACUAAGGGAGGCUCUUGAAGAAGCAUCUGAAGAUGGAUCCCUUGUUAAGUCGCAGGAUAUGGAUUCUGAGAUAUUGGCCAACCAAGACGACGGCUUAGGCAGAUCGCGGUCGCUGGCACGGCUGAAUGCUCAGAAGGAGUUCCUCAGAGCCACUGCUCUUGCUGCUGAACGCAUAUUUGAGUUAGCAGAUUCAAUUCCACAGCUCAAUGAGGCUUUCAACAAGUUCCUCACAAUGUAUCCCAAGUACCAGUCGUCGGAGAGGAUCGACCAGCUGAGGUCCGACGAGUACUCGCAUCUCUGUGCUGCUGCUGCAAAGGUAUGCCUUGAUUACUGUGGAUUUGGGCUGUUUUCAUUGCUGCAAACUAUUCAUUAUUGGGAAUCAACUACGUUUAGUUUGUCUGAGAUAACUGCCAAUCUGAGUAAUCAUGCUUUGUAUGGGGGAGCUGAGAAAGGCACCGUAGAACACGAUAUAAAGACCCGAAUAAUGGAUUAUUUGAAUAUACCUGAGAAUGAAUAUGGCCUUGUGUUUACUGUGAGCCGUGGCUCGGCCUUUAAGCUGCUUGCUGAAUCAUACCCUUUCCACACAAACAAGAGGUUGCUCACCAUGUUUGAUCAUGAGAGCCAGUCGGUGAAUUGGAUGGCUCAGAGUGCUAGAGAGAAGGGUGCCAAGGUCCAGAGUGCCUGGUUUAGAUGGCCUACCUUGAAACUCUGCUCGACUGAUCUGAGGAAGCAGAUUUCAAAUAAGAAGAAGAGAAAGAAAGAUUCGGCAACCGGUCUUUUCGUGUUCCCUGUUCAAUCUAGAGUGACGGGUGCUAAGUAUUCUUAUCAAUGGAUGGCACUGGCGCAACAGAAUAAUUGGCAUGUCUUGCUUGAUGCUGGGGCGUUGGGUCCAAAAGACAUGGACUCGCUUGGACUGUCCUUAUUCCGACCAGAUUUCAUCAUCACGUCGUUCUAUAGGGUGUUUGGCUACGACCCAACUGGAUUUGGAUGCCUUCUGAUCAAGAAAUCUGUGAUGGCAAGCCUUCAGAACCAGUCUGGUCACGCAGGUUCCGGUAUAGUGAAAAUCACGCCCGUAUUUCCUAUGUACUUGAGUGAUUCAAUGGAUAACUUUGCUGGUUUUGGUGAAGAUGAGGAAGCCACUGGGAAUGGUGAAGUGAGCUCUGAGGCUCGCCCCGUAUCUCAAUUACCUGCCUUUUCAGGUGCAUUUACUUCGGCUCAGGUGAGCGAUGUAUUUGAGAGCGAGAUGGAGCAUGACAACAAUUCUGAUAGAGAUGGGGCGAGCACCAUAUUUGAAGAAACUGAAAGUAUAUCUGUUGGAGAGGUUAUGAAAAGCCCAGUCUUCAGUGAAGAUGAAUCAUCCGAUAAUUCACUGUGGAUCGAUUUGGGUCAGAGCCCAUUAGGAUCUGAUAAUGCUGGUCACUCAAGCAAAAGCAAAGCCUCCUCUCCAUUGCCCCCUGCUUGGUUUUCCAGCCGUAAAAAUAACAAACUGACUUCUCCGAAAGCAUCAAACUUAUCAAGCAGCCCCAUGUAUACCAAGGAACUGAACCCGGACCGUCAUGUAUUGUCGUUUGAUGCUGCGGUGCGUUCAGUUUCUCAAGAAUUCGACCAUUUCAAAGAGAUUCCUGAAGAAGAACAAUUUACAGAAAGACACCCUCCAGAUAUUCAAUGUAACCAGGAAAUCGAAGAAGAGCCUCAGACGAGUAAAUCAGUUCGUUCGUUCAAGGGCUCCAAUCGCAACAAUUUUGCUUCCAUUCAUAAUGGCUCUGCCUCUGAGAUUUCUCUGGAGAAGGAGAGCGCGAUAAGAAGAGAGACUGAAGGUGAAUUUCGGCUACUGGAAAGGCGAGAAGGUAGUAGAAUUGCCGGUGGGAGGUUUUUCGGAAUAGAUGAGACUGAGCAGCCAGGGCGAAGGGUAUCCUUUAGUAUAGAGGACAACCGCAGAGGUCAGCUCAGUCAAACUCUUGAGCCUGGAGAAAUGUCUGGAAAUAGUCUAGAUGAUGAAGAUUACAUGAGCAACGGGGACUAUGGCGAUGAUCAAGAUUCUGAGAGGGCUGAACCCGAGAUACUCUGCAGGCAUCUUGAUCACAUCAACAUGUUAGGUCUCAACAAGACCACCUCCCGCCUACGGUUCUUGAUUAACUGGCUUGUCACAUCGUUGCUGCAACUAAGAUUGCCCGGUUUUAGUGGGAAGGACAGCGCUCCACUUGUCCACAUCUACGGCCCAAAGAUUAAGUAUGAAAGAGGUGCUUCAGUUGCCUUCAAUGUGAGGGACAGGAAUAGAGGUCUGAUCAGUCCAGAAGUCGUUCAAAAACUGGCUGAGUCACACGGUAUUUCACUGGGUGUCGGAAUACUCAGCCACAUACGUAUCCUGGACAGCCCCAAACAGCAGCGGCGGCCUCCAAAUCUUGAUGAUACCACCCUUUGCAAGCCGAUGGAAAAUGGUAGGCACGAUGGUAGAAGUGGUUUCAUCAGAGUUGAAGUUGUCACUGCUUCACUUGGCUUUUUGACAAACUUCGAUGAUGUCUACAAGCUGUGGGCAUUCGUGGCAAAAUUUCUUGAUCCCGCCUUUGUGAAAGAGGGUGUCCUUACGCCCGUUGCAGAGGAGGUUGAAGAGUGAUGCUGGGAUCUGCUGUUGCUAAUGCUUUUGCAAUCCUCCACACGCGGAAGAUGUAGAACGACGUUGCUUAUAAAUAUUUCAAUGCUGGGGCAGUUAGAAGGGUCGCGUGCGACACACAGGAAUAGUUUUGGCUGGAUUCUUUUUGCCCCUCCUGCAUCUUCGCUGUGAUCGGGUUAAAUUUGUUAAUUCUUGUUUUUGAUUGCUUGGGUUUUAUCCUUGACCCUUUUGGGUUGCUGUAUCAAAUUUUUCAGAUAGUAGUGAUGAACUGAAGCAGAGGAAGAAGAAGAAAAAAGUUAGCAUUACAUCCUUUUUCCUCAUUGAGUUGUUGAAUUAUAAGCUUUCUUCUGUAUAAGAUUUUUCAUGUUUUGCUUGCA